GUGAAGUUUUCCAGAAGAACUGAUGCAGUUGAAACAUCACCCGUGUGCGGCUGUACGCCUUCACCUCUCCACCAGCGUGACUUCCACAACUUUAAGAUUGCGUUUACACUUCCUUGCAUGCCAGAUCCGAUAAGGUAGCUCGUUUUACUAGAGAAAGAGAGUUGAAGAGUGCUGUUUUUAGGAGUACACAGAAUAACUCCAGCAUCAGGAUGCGAGCGAUUAACUUGGACACGUACAGCCUGUCUCUGCUGACUGCUAAAGAAGACAUCCUGAAUCCCCGAGCAUCCACCAACUGGGCAUUAUUUACAUAUGAUGGACUGACCAACAAUCUUAAACUCUCUGAUUCAGGAGCUGGAGGUUUGACAGAACUUGUUGGGAAAUUUCACAACGGCACGGCCAUGUAUGGCCUGUGCAGGAUGGGAUUGACAGAAACAGGACAACCACAGAUUAUCAUGGUCUGCUGGUUUGGUGAGAGCGUGGAUGAGCUCCGCAAAGAAGAAUGUACCAGCCACGUGCCCGCCAUCAAGACCUUCUUCAAGGAGGCCCAAGUAUUCAUUACAGCCUCAAACCAAGAUGAGGUGACAGAGGAGAAGAUAAAAUCUGCCACUGAAAUGAUUCGAACACCAGUAGAGAGAUCAAGGAGACCCUCAAGGGCAAUGGAUAAGGAGGAGACUGUGGGUACCAACUACAAGAAGACAAAUGCUGCCAUGGAGAUGAGAAGGAUUAACAGAGACUCCUUCUGGGCACGAGCAGAGCGUGAGGAAGAGGAGAGAAAGGAAAAAGAACGUCGGCGGGCUGUAGAAGACAGACGCCGCUGGGAGAAAGAGAGGAUUCUGAAGGAAAAAAAAGAGGCAGACGAAAGAGACAGAAAGAUGGAAGAAAAGCUCAAAAUGAUCGAAGAGGAAAGGAGAACCCAAGCAGAGCUUGAAGAAGAAGCUAAAAAGGAAGAGAAAUCGAGAUGGGAGCAGCAGCAGAGAGAACAUGAGGAGGACAUGAGAGCAUGCCUCAGACGCAGCGAAUCCAUCGAGAAAGCAGCAGAGGCAGCAGCACUUGUUUCCCAGCGUUCUCUCAAUCCCAGGGAGUUCUUCAGACAGUUAUCAGCAUCCUCACAAAAUUCCUCCAGCCCUGGAUCACCACGUUCAGUCAAAUCUCCAUUCCGCCGCUACCAGCGCAGUUUGACAGACACGGCCUUCAUCUUUGAGAGGAGCAAUUCCAGUUCAGGUCCCACUUCUCCUCUCAGUCCCACUGUAAGGUCUCCGUUCUCUCGAACCCCAAACACAUCCCAAAGGCGUCCAGCAUCUCCACUUAGUCCAUUCUACCGUACAGUCCCUUCACCACAGCAGCCUGAAACAUCUCCUCCAUCACCACCUGCUCAAUGCUCUGUUCCACCCGUAUCACCAUUACCCAGUCUGCCUGUUUCCGGACCCUCUCCAGCCCAGUCAUCACCACCUAGCCAGCCACCUCCUCAACUUCCAGUCCACUAUUCAGCUUCCCCCGCAUCACCGAAGCUGCCAGAGUGUCAAGAUGAGUCAUUCACCACUGAUAUUACCAGAGAGGAACAGGUUACUGAGUCUGAUAACAAACUGCACUUUAGGGAGGUUGUAACAGGCUCUCCAAUGCUGCCUGAACUUCAGUCAGAAACACACUUCACUGCCAAAGCUGUGCUGGUUGAAGAAGAUGAAGAAGAGGUGGAGGAACCAGAAGAACCAUCAGUCACGUCAACUGCACCUUCAGAAACCAAGAUGCUUGCAAACUAUGAAAAUGUCCCUGAGGAGCAAGAAUUGGAAGCAGAAUGUCAGGAUGAAGAAGGCUCUGAAGAGCAGCCUGCCGCUGAGUCUGAGGAAUUACAGCCGCAUGUGGACCAGUCAGGACCUGCACUGCCCAGAACAGUGAUACCAAGAUUAGUAGAGCUCUCUGAGAAAAACAAGGUUGACGACGACCUGCCAGAAAACCAAGAGCAAUGUGUGAAAGUAGCAGAAUAUAAUCUGAUGGCUGACGACGAUGAAUCAGAAUGUGAAAGACCACUGAAUGGUACAGAAGAGCAUGUUGAUGAAUCUGAGCACAGCACACCGGAGAGGUGCAGUUACACAGUGAAUCGUGAGACAGAUGAAGAACUGAAAGAAAACGGAGAAGUACAUACAAAACCGGACAACAUAAUGCGCAAUAUUUACAGUCAACCAUCUACACCAUCACCAGAAAGACUUCUGCGUGUAAGAGCUUUAUAUGACUACCAAGCAGAGGAUGAUACCGAACUCUCUUUUGAACCUGGUGACAUCAUUAGUGAUGUGGAAACGAUUGACAAAGCCUGGUGGAGAGGUUCCAGUGAAGAUGGGCGUCAGGGUCUUUUCCCUGCCAACUACGUGGAGACCAUCUGAAAGACUUUUUCUUUUAAGACGGUUCAUCACCCCCCUUUUCUUCCUACUGAUUCUCAGGGACCAAACCUCACAACCCAGUCUAUGAGGAUAGACAAAGCACUCUGAGACUAAAAACACAUAAAAAAGGUUUGGGAAGAAAAUGUUAACAGACAGAACUUGGCCAACAGACCAACCAAAAAAGUCUUUAAAGAUUAGAUAUGAAUUCAGUACAAUUUCUGUUAGAAAUGUAUACAUUUAGCAUCGUUUUAUUUGUACAUUACAUCGAAUAUGAUAACACAUUUUUACCCACGUGCUAAAUCAUAUAAGAACGUGGUAGUUUCUGCUCAUAAUAAUGUUCCCUUCACACUUUUAAUUUGCACAGAUGUUUACAAAUAAGUCAUUUCCAGAGACCAGUAUGAUAAUAUUUUGACAUUUGUCAACAAAUUUGCUUUUCAAAUCUGCUAUAAACAGAAAGCGAUAACCAAACCUGUGAAAUUGUAGUUCGUUGACAGAAAAUAGCCUAAUGGUUUAACUAAUGCUACUCCCAAAAUGUUGCCAUAAAGGCACUUUAGGCCUCCUUGAUGUCUGUGUAAAAUGAAAACCAUUUACAUUUAGAAUGAGUAUACUUUAGGCUGAACCUGCCAGCCAUUGCAUAUUUUUUCUUUCAGAAUGUCUCCAUAAACAAUAAAACAAGAUGUCCACUCUUAUGUAAAUACUAUAAACUACACAUGGUUUUUCUAUGUAAUUUAUUUAUCUCCGACUAUGAAAAUAUAAAUAUUCCCUCCGAGUGAGGGUCGGUCUUUGGAACUUUCGUGGAUUUCAGUAAAAGGUAGUUUUUUAAACUAACACAUUUUCUUUGUAUCAACACUAUAUAAAAUAAUACAACUAUCACAACACAUUUAGUUUGUGUACAUCAUAGUUUUUCUUUUUCCACAGCAACAGUAAUGGAUAAUUUUCUUAGUUUCUUGCACAGCUAAUACAAUGUUUGCAAUAUCAUUAUCAUCAAGGAAUUAUUAUCCAGUGCAUGUAUGUUAAUGCAUGAGAUCACAUUAAAGGGAUUCACUUUACUGGGUCAAAAUAAAGUUUAUGUUCACCAUCUUUUA